AGUUUUAUGAAACACCCACCUGCCACCCGUUAAAGAAAGAGUUGCAAUCAAAUACAACCAUGUAAAUCAUACGCAGUUUAAUUUCCAACCAAUCAAAAGUGUUUAUUCGGGGCUUGCGCUUAAUAUUUUGGCUUGCGUUUAAACACAAAUCUUUCGUGUGACACGGGGAAAUACAAAAUAACAUUGCCAUUGUCUGCAAGGGGUCUCUGAAGCGUGUUGAACAUAAUAAUAGUCUCACGUCAUCAGUUUGAAAAUUUGAGGAAGUGCUCAUCAAAAAUAAAUGUUAAUAUUUGCGCACCUACCAACCCACACUACGGCACCUCGUGGUACCUGGUAAAGGUCCAUCGAUGUCACAGACCUUUCAACACUGGUUCUCUGAAGGUUCCUGGUGUUUCUCCGAGGACCUGGUUAAAAGAAGUUUAGCAGAUAGACAGGUCAGGACUGAAACAGAAAAAAUGCCUGACCAUACAGUUUGGCCUUCCGAUUAUAACAGACAUGAUUACAGGAAAUGACCGAGCACGACACAGAAAUAACAGGGAGAAGAGAUGCAUUGUAUGCUUUAUUAUAUGCUGAACCGGGAAAACUGAAGGAGUUGAUGAACGAAGUAUCUGCAUGUUUUGCAAGAAUGGAUAAUGCUGGCUGCUAAAGAAGUAUCAUGAUCAAGCUACGGUGUUAUUACAGUUAUACAUGUACUCUGCAGUAAUUCAACAAGAUGCCCCCAAGGAGUCUACAUAUUGCAUCUCGAUGCAAUGAUACGAGAGCCGAUGGUUUUACCUUCUUAUACGGUAUAGAAGGAGAGGUGGUAGAUUCGGUUGAGACAUGUCCAAUUAAUACUACGUUGGGUGGUUCACCAAUUGGACGUGCAGUAUGCGUGAACGACACGGCAUCGGGGGAAUUGAUUUGGAACAUCACCAUUAACGAUUGCGGGCCGAUCAGAGAGACGAGCGAGAUACUAGACGACCUUACUCGGGACGGAGUAACAAACGAGACGGUGAUUGAUGUGCUAGAGAUUGUAGUGGAGAUCACUGAUACGGACAUAGACGAAGGCGACAUCGACAACAUAGCUUCCAUUAUCAGCAGCAGUACUGAUCUAGGAAGUGGAGAUCCUGUGAUCACUAAUUUAACGACCACCAUCAUCAGCGACAUCAUAGAUGUAUACGAGGAGAACCCUUCCAACCUCGAGGAGAGUACAGAGGCAUUCACAGAAAUCUUGAUGAGUCUUGAAACACAACUCGACAACAUUGACACUUCGGAUGAUCAACCCUUUAUGGCAUUGAAAAGGAACUUAGCUGUACAGGUGUCGAGUGUCAGACCGACCGACUUCGCUUCUGGGUUGACCAUAUCUGCUAGUAGUACAUCUGACGAUCUUAGAGACUCGAACAUCACACUCAACAGUGGAGACAGCAGCUUAGAUCGUAGACAAGACAACAUGGCUGAAACUCGUGUUGACAUCCCUCCUGGUGUGCUUAACGACCGCGCCGACGAUAACGGGGGCUCGUCAGAGGUGCGUCUGGCCCUUACCGUUUUCAGGACUUCGUCGCUGUUCAGUUCGGCGCGUGUCCGCGAGACGAACUCCAGGCAGGACAGAUUCAACCGGUCUGUGAACUCGUUAAUUGUAGGCUUGGCCAUCGGAGGAAGGGAGACAACGAAUCUAAGGGAGGAUAUCGUUUUUCACUAUAUACCUCUUCAGCCAGGGUUCGAAAAUCCCGAGUGUAAUUUCUGGGACUUCGAGGACAAUGAUUGGUCACAAAGGGGGUGUCGAAGGAUUACGUCAUCAGAUGACACAGAAGAGAUUACCUGUAGCUGCGACCAUCUUACCAAUUUUGCUGUAUUAAUGGACAUUUAUGCUGAACGUGUUGAGGCAUUAAGGGUUAUAAGUAUCAUCGGAUGCGCAAUAUCUAUCGUGUGUAUAAUCAUUAUACUUAUCACCUAUCUUUCAAAUAAAAACCUUCACAAACACCAGUCGCAGAAGAUCUUUUUAUGUCUUUGCGGGUCCCUUCUCUGUCUCUAUAUUACCUUCCUGAUCAUGACCGCCUUGGACCGCCUUCCCGAUUACCCAGAGGUCGAACCCGUUCCCUGCGGCAUCCUCGCCGCUCUCGUUCAUUUCUUCACCCUCUCUUCCCUGGCUUGGAUGGGCGUUGAGGGCGUCAACACCCAUCUCAUCGUCGUGCGCGUCUUCGAUGCCUACAUCCCACGAUUCAUGCUCAAGGCCGGGAUUGUAGCAUGGGGAGGAAGCGGUCUGGUCGUCUUAAUAACCGGGCUUGCAGCCAGGGGAAAUUAUGCAGAAUCCGACUACUGUUUUCUUCAGAGGUGGCCGGCAAUCGGUGGUCUUCUUAUUCCAAUAGCUCUCAUCCUUCUCGCCAACAUAAUCAUCUUUGGCCUCGUCGUCCGCCGCUUGUUCAAAUCCGCCAACGUUCGUUCCAAACGCGACUCGAUUCCGAACAGCCGCAAGGCUUCUAAUGAACGCGUCAAGAACGCAAUCAGCCUCCUCAUUCUGUUCGGCUUAACCUGGGUCACGGGGUAUCUGACCUUGAUAAACACCACCAGCCAAGUCAUCCAGACACUCUUCAUUGUCUUCAACUCUCUUCAGGGCUUCUUCAUCUUCGUCCUCUACUGCGCAAAGAACCCAGCAGUGCGGGCGUACUGGGCCAGGAUGUGCGGAUGCGGCAGAAACUCGCCAAAGGACAGUACUACCGGUUCCCAUACAGGAAGACCAACAAGUCACCUUAGCUCCUCGACCAACAUUCAUGAAUAUUCGUCCUCUAUGGCGCAUUUCUCCCAGGUAGGAAAGGACGAUGAUCCGAAGAAUCCAGCAUAUAAUGAGUACCAGACUGGCGUUCAUGACAAUCCGGCCUACGAGGAGAUUGAAGAAGGUGUCGAAGUGUCCGAUCCGACCGGAAAGUAUCCCGGUAAGACCUCAAACGACCAGUCAGCUGUCGGUCCAACCUACGAGGUAAUCGAGGAAGGCAGUGCUGCUGACCCAGGCUAUGAUUACCCCACCCUUGAAAACUAAUUUUGCAAUAUGGCACUGUUUUACAAAAUAUAAUUUUCCUACAAGAAAUAUGCAAAAUACUAUUAUUUAAAAAAAAAGGAACAUACUGAAUUGUCAAGAAUAAGACGAACGCAUGAAUAUUCUUUCAUUUGAAUGAAAAUGCAUUUUAUAUAUUGACGUUGCUGGCUUUCCGUAGUUGUAGUUGGUCGGAUAGGAACUAAUUGCAAAAGUGUGGAAUUCUCUCGGGGGGGGUAGCCUAUGAUCAUGGGCAGAAAUCCCAGGGGGACAGGGUGACGUGUUCCCCUACCCAAAAUAGUAGGGGUCACAAUAUCAAAUGUCCCCCUACUAUUUUCGGACUUUUAUGAUGGAAAGAAAGAAAUUGAAAUAAAAUGUGUAUUUUGUACGAGAUGAACCUUACUUAUUGGGUGAUAUUUUUUUUUGCUUGUCAAAUUUUCCAGCCCCUGGUCCCCCUACCUUUGGGGACAGAUUUCCGCCCUUGCCUAUGAUACGGCACUAUAUCUCUCCUGCAAAUGAUAGAAAUCGGUCUUAACGUGCUUAAAGAGAUUGAAAUCAUUUUUUUUUAAUUUUAUGUCUAUUUUAUCAAUUCACCUGACACCUAUACAGUUACUUUCAAAAGAUACCUCUGCAGAAUUAUAUUAAAAGGGAUAAUUUAAAUCAUGGAAAUAUAACUCAGCAACAUCUAAUUUUUGCAGGCUCUUUGUACAUAGAAAAUAAAUCAUAAAUAAAUGUUGACCCUUGGUGCUGCUUAUUAGACCGGUGAUUUAAAAAAAUGAAACAUUCAAUUAUUUUCAAUUAUACAAGUUUGUGAAUCCUAACAAGAAUAGAAAUGAUCAAGAUGGGUUACUUGUAUAGUUAAGUAAAUAUAAUUGUAAAUUCUUUUGAUAGCUUUUUCAAGAAACAAGAUGGAUGGUUGAUUUAUUUUCACUUUAUGUUUUUCACGUGGCAGGUCCAUGGUAAAUGUGUAUGUUUAAAAGCCAAUUAAAUGUGCUUCUCACGGUCUCAUUUUAGUUAUGUUGAUUAUGGACUUACACAUGUAAAUAUAUGUGACUUGCAUUUUCUAUUUUGGCAUGAUGUUCAGAUUUUUAUGUUUGAUGUACAAUACGACCUUUCUUAUACAGAAGAUGUACGUUUAGUGAAAAUGUGCACUUUACAAGCUUCGAAUAUUAUCAUCAUUAUUGUUCUCUUAUCAUUAAAUUUACGUUAACAGACAAAUGAACUCAAAGGGUGGUCAUGAUGAAAUACAUCGUGGAAAUACACAUGUUUAUAUUUUUGUUCGGUUUGAUAUAAGAUAUCAUAAUCGGCUCGUGAAGAAGUAUAAAGCUUUGUUCACAAUUGUAUUUUUUUUUGCAUUAGGCAGAAUAUAAUAUGCUAUUGUGCUAAAAAAACCAAUUUAGAGGUUUUGUUGAAAAACUCGCCGAACCAAACAAUUGGCAUAAACUAUUGUUUCAUAUUUUAGUAUAUACUGAGCCAUGUUACUCUUCAGGGACCGCAGAACGGUUUUUGAAAGAGGGGUUGAGCCCAAAGUAGGGGACUGACCAUGCAAAAAAUAAAAAACGGACUGUCAUUUACGUUUUUGAACAUGGUUUUGGAAAAAAGUGGGUCUGAAGCCCCCCCCCCCCCCCGGUUCCCAGCCCCUGCUCUUAGCUAGAAGAAAAUACAGUGUAAUUUCUGGUUUUUAACAUGAUUUAAAAUGUAGGAUUAUUUUAAAAUGCGGUUGUAAAUACAUUUUACUCUGUAGAUAUAUUUUGGAGUCUUUCCUGAACUACCUAUUUUAUAUACAUUUCAUUGACGCUGGUAUGGAUUGAUGGCUCUGGGAUAUAGGUCUACAGAAAUCUACUCGGAAAAGUAAUUUCAUUGUUAAAUUGAUUCAAAAUAUACUUUUUUAAUCAGUCUAAAUCAAAGGCUAGUUCAUACAAUCUUGCAUUCGGGUUAUAGUUUUAUAGUGAGUGCAAUCAUCAUUUUUUUUAAUUGGUGAUAGUUGAGCUAAUGCAUUGUACGAUCUAUAUCCUGCAAGUUAACUAUAUAACGCUAUUUGGGUGCUUUCGUUUUGCUGUUGUUUAUGUGACUAAUUUUCAUUGCGCAGAAUGAAUUACAGAGUACAUGUAUACACAAAUAUUGGAAUAUCCACUGUAUAAAAUUAGGGUCUUUUUCAGUGUAUGAGAUUGAAAUUAUAAUAAUGCCUUUUAACUUAGAUAGCCACUUCCACUUGGAUAUUGCAUAGGCUACAUGAAAAUAUGUUAUAAUUGUUCUCCUCCAUUCUAAUACGUCGGACGCCUGCCUGACAAUAGGCAUAUAUAGGUUCUAACCCACAACCUCCAGUUCAAGAGGCGGACGCUCUACAACGGGGCCGCCAAAUAAAGUU